AGUCCCUUAUGGCGCCCAGUGCUGCCAGCAGUGGUAGCCUCAAGGUGCUGGUGGCUAGGGGAGGAGAGGUGAGGAGGGGAGAAGCAGAAGAGGUCACUGGAGAAGAAUGGAGGAGGGGGCAAGAAGGCGUGAGGGGAGAAGAGCUGAAAGGACAAUCCGUGGAUGGAGGUGUAGCAGCGGCGCCGAGUCCAGCAGCAGAAGGCACGCCUCUGGUCUUCAACGUGCUCUCUGACGUCGUAUCCUUCACCUUCCCUCCUGCUCCACCUCCUCAGCCCGAAUCUCACCCUCCUGCUGCGGACCCGAGAGUGGGGCCUGCCUUCCUGUCCGCCCCCCGGUCCCGUCUUGCCCUUGCAUCGCCUCUGAUUAUGAUCGGAUUCACCCUCCCAGACCCCUGUGACCCUAGCAGCGACAACACUCCAUGUGCUGAUAUGCAAGCGCAGAAGGCUGAACCUGAAUCAACAGUGACCCCUCAGGCAGGAGCUCUAGCACCCACGGCAGCCCCAGUGGCAGCAGCAACACCCAUUCCACCAGCAGCAGCAGCAGCAGCAGCAGCAGUAGUGGUUGUGCAGGGCUUCGCACUGCAGGAGGUUCUUUCCUCUGCCAUCAAUGCAUCCCUCCCUGCAUCUCCUGCCAUUGCCAUACUCUUCCACCCUCACACCACGCCCACACCCACAUCACCACCACCAUCACCACCAUCAUCACCAUCCUCAUCCCUCCAGCCACAUGGCAACCCCCCAGUGGACGGCUGGCAGCUGCUGGACGCGCGUCUGCUGUGGCAGCAGCAGCAGCCCGGCGUUGCCACCUUCUCUGCCCUGCGCCCUGGACUCUACGCGGUGGCUGUGCAAGAAACCAACCAGUUCCACCUCCUUGGAAUGGAAAUGGCAAGCAUUUCUGGGCAUCUCCAUUCCACCAGGCCUCGCAUCCCUUCCCACGUGACAUCCUAA